GAUGACUUGAUCCUUCUGUCUCCUUCUCCCCCCUCUGCUCCAGCUCUCUCUCUAUCUCUGUCUAUCUCUUUCUCUAUCUCUAUCUCUGAUGUCUGUGCCUUUGUUGCACACUGGCAGUGUAUUGCUGUGUCUGUCUCUGCUAGGACAAUCGGUGUCAGUUCUCAGUGGUGCUGUUGUGGGAGCCAAGCUAGGUACGUCAUAGACAGAUGCACACAUGUAGGGCAUCCACUCUGCAAUCUGAUGACACAAAGCAACUUGGCUCUCUCUGUGUGUGUGUGUGUGUGUGUUUGAGAGCGAGAGCGAGAUUCUGUGUGUUGGUGUCAGGCUGGCACUGUUGCAUUUCACUAAGAGGGCAAGCAGGCACAUGUGUGGAGGAGGGGUUGGGCUAUGGCCAGCUACCAUAUAGGGCUACCUUGGACAUUGACCGCAUUGCAGCCAGUGCCAACAAGCCAGGAUAAGCUUGCUCACCCAGGUCACCAGUCUAGGGACAAAAUUAAGCUGGAAGUGGAGUGUAUUGUGUAACCAAAUCAGCAGACACACACACAGUGUGUAUUGGUAAUGUGUAUCUUCCUUUUUUCUCUUGUUUUAUUCAUCUUUUUUUGCCCUUCUUUUUGGAGGAGGGGGAGUGGAGUAGAGAGGAAACUGGAAACUGGGUCAGACCCCACUGUGUUGUCAUGUGUGUGUUAUCUCUCGCUUGUGCGUAAUUUCUUUUCAGAUGGUUUCUGCAACCCACCUUCCACAUUCGUCCGAUAUGGCUCCGGCACAAAACGAGUUCAGGGUCGCAAGCGGAUCCAAACUGCUCCACUCUGCUGGCUCGAAUACAUAGGGGGGGGGCAAAUCGUAACAAAAGUGUGUCCGAUACAAGCGAAUCCGAGCUGGUGUGGACAUGGCCUCAUUGAAUCAUUCAAUUGCUGUGAAGUGGCUUUGCCGCUAGGUUUGUUUUCCUGACUGGUGAGCCCAGAUCAAUUUAGGCCACCUGAUUGGUUUUCAGGGGUCAGUGUUUCAACAAACACAAAAAGGUCUGAAACUCCUUGGCAUUCACCAAGCAGAUGUAUGUAGUGAUAUUCAGUCAUUUUAAUAGUUUGAAACCCUUGGUACGGUUUGCGAUCUUGGGUCUCAUUUUGAAUUCAUGUCUGUGUGUUUGGGGUCUUGAUGGUCAGAGUAACAAAUUGGUACUGUCUUUGAUAGAGGUCUAUAAGCUUAGGUAUGAUUACGUCAGUGGGCAUAUUUAGCCUUGUGACACACAAACACACACACUCAUCUGAAACCAGGACAUUGCAUUUGUUUUGAACAGAUGGCUGUUUGGCAGGCUGGCAAGCAGGGGAAGCUCACCUUACGGUCCCACCUCAUGUGUCUCUGACUAAUUGAAGGAGUAGCUAUUGAUUUCAGCCUGGGUCACCUCGAACCGAUAUCUGUUCCAGACGAACAGAGCAAGAGCGAGAGAGACGGAAAGAAAGGAUGGCCAAACGGAGAGGGGAACAUUUGUCUUUCUAGUUCCACUCUGCUAAGAGAAAUGGUCUCAGGCCUUCUCUGGAGGAGGGAGGCAGGGAUGGAGAGUGAGGAGGAAUAAAGUGAAGAGUGAAGAGUGAAGACUCAGACAUGGACAUGGAUGGUCUGGCCUAGGUUUUGCCAAUAAGAGAGAACAGCACUGCGGUGCUCCAGGGUAAGCUCCAUCGCUGUCAUCCGGAUGGGCAGCGGUGGUGGUGGUGGUGUCGUCGUUGGUGGCCUGAGAGCUAACCAUGGCGGCAGAGCUCCCGGUUGGGCAGUGUAGCAGACACAGAGGCUGAGAGUGUGUGACAGGCCCUGGACACCCAGCAGCUCAGAGGUCACAGGGUCAGAGGUGUGGUGUGUGUGUGUGUGUGUGUGUGUGUGUGACAUCCCUGCCUCCACCUAAAAUUUGCUGACUAAGACUUCAUUGCAACUCUGUUUUCUAGUGGGACCAACAUGGCAGCUGAUGAAAUGCAACUGAACUGUCAUCUCUCUCCCUCAGAAGUGCCAGUCUGCCCCUUCCACCCCUCCCACUCCACACUCCCCUGGCCUACCGGUCCUCUCCUGUAUCCCAUACACUGUGGAUCUCAGAUGCUCAGAGCUGUUAGGCCUGCAUGGCUUCUCUCUGACCUGUACGCAGGACCCUGUCACCUUCUGUCCCCGAGUCCGCUGCACCCCUGAGGCAGGGACUGUACUGGACUGCCCGGCAGGGACAGAGGCCCCGAGGAUGGACUGUGACAGCCAGUGCUACCGCACGGGACCCCCUGGGAAAUGUAUAGCCAAAUAGGACUGCUCUGCCGCUGGGGGGUCCCUCAGCUGUGUGACGUAGGAGCGCUGCGUGAGGUCUGACACAAGCCGGCACACCUGUGUGCGAGUGUAUUCUGAAGGACAUUUGCUUUCCUUGAAGCAGCAGUGGCUAAAGAGAAUAACACCAUCAAACCCACUCACUACACACACACAAGCUGCUUUGAUGAGGUAACAUUGGGCAGCGGAGGACAAACCUACCCCAAGUAGCACCCUUCUCACCCUCCUUCCCUCCCUCCCUCUUUCCCUCUCUUUCCCCUCCUCCCCCCCUCCCUUCCCAUCCUUCUCUCCUCCUGUUGCUAUCCCCCCCCAUCCCCCAUCAUGGGUCAGAAGAUCUCAGGGAGCAUCAAGUCGGUGGACGUGCGUGGCGGUGAGCCGUCCUUCCGACCGGUGCGGCGCGAGCUCCGCGGGCCGGACUUCUGCCGCCCGGCGCGGCUAGACCUGCUGCUGGACAUGCCAUCGGCGCCGGCCGACCUUCAGCAGCGGCACGCCUGGAACCCGGACGACCGCUCGCUCAACAUCUUCAUCAAGGACGACGACCGGCUGACCUUCCACCGGCACCCAGUGGCGCAGAGCACCGACUGCAUCCGCGGGCGCGUGGGCUACACGCGCGGCCUCCACGUCUGGCGCAUCCACUGGCCGUUGCGCCAGCGCGGCACACACGCCGUGGUCGGCGUGGCCACGGCCGGCGCGCCGCUCCACUCGGUGGGCUACACGGCGCUGGUGGGCAGCGACGGCGAGUCCUGGGGCUGGGACCUGGGCCGCAACAAGCUCUACCACGACAGCAAGAACCGGCCGCCCUCGCAGGCGCCCAGCUACCCGGGCUUCCUCGAGCCCGAGGAGGCCUUCGCGCUGCCCGACACGCUCACCGUGGUGCUGGACAUGGACGAGGGCACGCUCAGCUUCAUGGUGGACGGACAGUACCUGGGUGUGGCCUUCCGCGGCCUGAAGGGCAAGAAGCUCUACCCCAUCGUUAGCGCCGUGUGGGGCCACUGUGAGAUCACCAUGAGAUACAUCAAUGGCCUGGACCCGGAGCCUCUUCCUCUGAUGGACCUGUGUCGGCGGGCGGCUCGUCUGGCGUUGGGCCGGGAGCGGCUACAGGAGAUCGAGACCUUGCCUCUGCCCCAGUCCCUUAAAAAUUACCUCCAGUACCAGUGAAACCGGGUCACACCACACCCAACUGGACCGCACUGCACAGAACCAG